AAAAAACAGCCACAAUAAUAAAGCUUUGCUUCGUUAUAGACGUCUCCUUAGAGUAGCGAUAUAUCCCACAGCACCUGAAGCCAACGUUAUUAUUUUGCGUAUGUGGUUUUGCUGGGGAAAGGAUGAAGAAAACAUGGUGAAGUUACGAGUUUGGAGACGAUGCUAACCUCCCUGAAGACAGUGUGACUGGUCAAACAGCCUUGUCACACUUAAUCAUGGCCCCUGUGUGUCGUAUCUGAACGAUGUACGCCGCUGUUUUUGUAUCCGGCUGGUACUUUAUGAUGAGAAGGGAGGUCUGGAGCCGAGAGAUCGAGAAUAACGGACCGCAGCUGACAGACUCGUUGGACCUGGUAAACACACGGUCGCAUGUUGUGUGUUGGAGUCUUGUAAGCUAAUGACAUAGCUAAGUGUUAUUGCGGGAGGUUGGGAUAGACAGUCAGACAUCCGAGUUGAAAGCAGGUGGGCCAGAGAUGGGAAAUGACACCGCACUGUUCCAAAUUCAUCCGCUUGAGCGAAGGAGGAUAGCCCUUCAGGCGAAAUAUCCUCGGAGACAAAACAGUGUUUGGUAAAACGCUUGUUUUAUCACCGUAACACACACCGUUUUACUACCGACUCUCAAGCCGUGCCAACGUUGGUUUUGCUGACGUGAGCAGUGUUGUUAUUUUUGCUCCAUCACUUUGCAGACAUGUCCUUCACAAUGGAGGAUAAUUUGGAGUCGGGGUGGGUGGCCGUUCGACCGAAUGCGUUUGAGGAGAAGGAAAAGCAUAAAUUUGUUUUUAUCGUCGCCUGGAAUGAAGUGGAGGGUAAAUUUGCCAUAACAUGUCACAACAGGACGGUGCAGAGGAGAAGCUUUGGCAGGGACCCGCCGGCGGAGGCGACUGGCCAGGAUGGGAACAAAACAAAAUGGCCCGAAAGUCCCGUCAGAGAUAAAGUAUCCAAGAGCCCCAGUAAAGGAGCCAAGGAGGCUUUGGGUAAAGGAUGCAGCCCGAAGAAGUCUGCCGUGACUGCUAAACUAAACCCUGUCAAAAUUCAAACUGGGAUUAAAUCCGCAGCAUCUCCCGUUAGCCCUGAUACUGAGGUUUUAAAAUCACUAAAAGAGGACCAACUGUCCCCCUCACUAGACAGCUUGGACCUGGAUGAGCUGGACAGUCUGAGCAGGAAGGACUGCAGCUGGGCCGGACUCUUCUCCUUCCAGGACCUCCGCUCAGUCCACCAGCAGCUGUGCUCGGUGAACUCGGACCUGGAGCCCUGCCUCCCGGUGUUUCCGGAGGAACCAGCCGGUAUGUGGACAGUGCUGUUCGGCCCAGCGGAAGUGCCCGAGACAGAAAUGGACGAGCUUUGCUACAGUUUACAGAUGUACCUAGGUCACGCGCUCGAUAUCUGCGGAUGGAAGAUCCUUUCGCAGGUCCUAUUUACUGAAAACGACGACCCAGAUGAGUACUAUGAGAGCCUGAGCGAGCUGAGGCAGUCUGGGUACGAAAAGGCACUCAACCGUGCAACAAAACAUCUUCAAGAGCUGCUGGAGAAACACAAGACCAUGGAGAGUAUGGUGGAGCUGUUGGAGCUCUAUGAGGAGGAAGAUGAGGCCUACGGAGGCCUGCUAGAGGCCUCCACGCAGCUGUACCAGUAUCUGCUGCAGCCCUUCAGAGACAUGAGGGAGCUAGCGAUGCUACGCAGACAGCACAUCAAGAUUUCCAUUGAGAACGACUACUUGGGCCCAAGGCGGCUUGAAGCUCUGAAAAAGGAGGACUCUGACUGGCAGAAGAAAGCUCAGGAGGCAGUCCUCAACAUCCAGGAGUUUACUGUAAAGUACUUUGAGAUCACUGCCAGAGCCCAGAAAGGGGUGUAUGAGCGUAUGAAGGUGGACCAGCGUAAGUUUGGUAAAUCUUCAUGGACUGCGGCGGUGGAGCGCAUGGAGAGACUCCGCUACUCUGUCGCCAAGGAAACUCUGCAGCUUCAGAGAGCCAGGGAGAUCUGUCUGGAGCAGAGGAAACACGCACUUCGAGAGGAGAUGCAGAGUCUGUGUAGCAGUGAGGAUGCCAUCGCUCUCUUAGACCACAUGGAGACACAAUACUAUGAGCGCCAGCUCCAACUGUACGACAUCCAGGCUGAGAUACUGCAGUGUGAAGAGCUGCUCCUCACCGCCCAACUAGACAGCGUCCGCAGACAGAUGAAAGAGCUUCAGAAUGAGGUGGUGUACUAUGACACCUUUGAGACUGCAGACGAUAUAAAAGAGGAUGAUACUGCAGAGAGGGAAGAGCUGCACAGGCUUCAGGUCAGCGCUCGACAGCUGGAGGCAAGAAGGGGGCGCAUCACUGCCAAGCGCUCCUACCUGAGGAACAAAAGGGAGAUCUGCGUAGCCAACCACAUUCAGAAGCAGCAGAAACGUCAAACGACCCACAAGGACUCUAUAUCCCACCAUUUCUUAGAGCUAAAAAAUGAAGAAGAGGAAGAUGAAGAGAGAAAGAACAGCAGAGUUAGUCAGGAGAGACAGAGAACUCUGGACAGACUACGCACUUUCAAGCAGCGGUACCCAGGUCAGGUGAUUCUGAAGUCCACUCGAUUACGCGUGACCCACACCAGAAGAAGAGACCGUGGAAGGAGCAUGGAAAUGAGUAGCGUGAGUGAGGAGACCGUGGACUGUGUCCAGGCGCAGGGCCACCCGCUGUGUCUCAGUACCAGCGUGCAGACAGACCCCAGCUCCACGCUCACCACUCAGCCCGUCACCGUCCUCACAGCAUCCCUUCCUCCUCUGCCUGUGCCCAGUCCUGCAGACUCCUCCUGCUCUCCCUGCUCCCUGUCCUCACUACUGGCAUCACCGAUGUCCCCUCCUCCUCCACCUCCCCCUCCCCCUCCCAUGCCAAUAAAGGAGGAGUUGUCACCUUCUGGGAGCUCGGGUAGGCAUGAGCAGAAGGUUGAGGGGAAGAACACCACAGAUGAGCUCUCCCUCUCCCCACUUGGCCCAUUUAUUCCUCGCUUCUUCGACAGCAGCCAACUACUGAGCGCCCGGAAAAAGCUGAGGAAGACUCCAGAGUUUGACUCUCACAGCAGAAGAGUGAGCUCGCCCAUGGACGAGGUGCUAGCCUCCCUGAAGAGAGGCAGCUUCCACCUGAAGAAGGUCGACCAGCGGUCUCUGCCUGCAUCCGAUGCUGACGAUGACCCCAACAGUAUCCUGGCUCAGAUUCGCAAGGGGGUCAAACUGAGGCGCGUCCCCAGGAAAGAGAGAAAGGACCAGGGGGAGCUCCCGGCCUCCACCGACCCUCUGACCAGGAGCAUCCAUGAGGCACUGCGCCGCAUAAAGGAGGCCUCACCAGACUCUGACUCAGACGACGACGGGCUAGCCAACCAUGACUGGGAAAGCUAGGGUUGAAGGCUUAAAGGCAACAAAUGAUACGCGCACAGAUGCCUGCACCCUCUGGCACUGCAUGCACUGUACUGUACUGUACUGUAAAGUGCUGCAUUGUACUGUACACACACAUACACACAGUUACUCACUCACACUUAAGCACACACAGCCCAGUCACACAUGUACCUAGUGACUACGCCAGGGCCUGAGUCGUACCGAAUAUCACCAACUCACCAUACGCUCCAAAGGUUUCAUGGUCAACCUGUUCAUUUGGUUUUCACACUACCUUCACCAUCAUGAAGGACAUCAUUUGUGGUUUUUAUUUUUACUUCAUGUAACUGUGGUUCUAUUCCUGUAAUCAGAUUGUUAGGAUGUUAUUUUUAUUUUGCAGGUGUACUGUUGAAAAGCUCAGCACUGGGCUUUUGUGGCAACAUUAACAUUCAGAAAUGGCACAUAACACAUUUUACACCAACACACUGCACUGACAUGAUUAUUAUUAUUUGUGAAACUGAAAAAACCUCAUACAGGAAGCUAUCAGUGCUGUGAGGUGUGUGGUUUUUUUUCACUUACUCGAAAGCAUUACAAAUGAGUAACUGUAAAUGCAAAUUUGUAAUGAUUAUGGUUGAUAAAUUGGGAUGUGUCGGGAGAUUGAAAGAAGGUCCCACUGAGGUCUGAACUAGAUUCACUGUCCAGACUGUAAUCCAUUACACCAUCACCUCUGCUGACUUUCUCUUCUAUUUGUACUCAACCAGUGUAUUAUGACUAAAUCACACUACUGUAUGCUGCACAGCUGGUGUUAGUGUCAGACAGUAUAAAGACUGCUUGUCUAAUCUGACACUGCACAAAGACUAUAAAUCCUCUAGUCUGUCACACCUAAUUUGUGCCCAUCCCCCUGCUCUUGUCC